GUGGCAUCAUUGUCUCACAUUUGUAAGAAUAUAUUUAUUUGACAGUUUGCCGAUUGCACACAUACGAGUUGAACAAGAAGUUAGUAGUUUUGCAAGUUUAGUCAUAUUAUUAAUUUUUUAUUAAAUUAAAUACGAGAAAAAGCUUAGCAAAAUGUCGAAUGCCUGGAGAGCUGCUGGUCUAACUUACAUCCAAUAUUCCAAUAUUUGUGCUCGUGUUGUGCGCCAAGCAUUAAAGUCGGAUUUGCGAGUUGACGCUGCCAAACGCAAUGAGAGCCAUGUGAAAUUCACACCAUGGCUUAAUGGUAAACCUGCCCAUGAAAAGUGAUAAACUUUAAUUUAUGUAUAUGUUAAGAAAAGUAAAUUAAAGCACUUUUCCAACCGUACAGUUUUCUCGUCGGGUUGAAUAAAUUCGCUAAGUCCAUCAUCAUAGUGUUCAAUUUCUUCAUUAAUCAAGUGCAGCAGUAACACGAAUAUAGUUUAUAUAAUAUAGAAUAAUAUCACUCAUGUUAUGAUAACAGAAUUUUAAAAAUUAAAUAAAAACUUGAAGAAAUAAUGAUGCAAAUAUUGAA